AUGUAUGGGAAAUUUUCAAUUUCUCUUUCAGAUGAAGUUCUUCAUUUUCCCAAUAAUUCGAGUAUUGAAAUUUCAUAUACAAAUGCCUUAUCAUAUUCCAAGUGUACAAGCUAUGAUACCAAACUUAUGAAUCAAGGUUUUCUUUGGCAUCAAAUCGUGGUGCAACAUAAUUCCAGAUCUUUGGGAAUGGAAGAUAAAAAUAAAUUAUUAAAAGCCUUAUUCGAAGCCGUUGAAGGUGAAGAAUUGUAUCCAGUGGCCUAUAGGCGUAACGCAUACGAAGAUCGUUUCUUGGUACGUCAGUGUCAGCCGGCAUUGGAUAAACUUUUUGAAAAAAAUCUUCGCAUUCUAAUGUCAAAUGGAGAUACGGUCAAUUUGGAGGUACAGCUUAAUGUUGCCGAUUUUAAAUACGGACAAAUAUCACCAAUUAAUCAAAUUACUAAAACUAUAAAUAAACUAUACGAUCGCAUGGAUAGUCUGGAUGGAGAAAGGGGCAUUUUAGAUUUAACACGCUUCGGCCAGAAUAGUGAGCUGUUCGAUGUGAUUGUUUAUUUGGGCAAUCGAAGUGUGCUGGAACGCAUAUUCGAUUUAAUAUAUCGUAACGAUGAGCGUUUUCGUAAUGUAACUGGUAUUAUAUUACGUGAUAAUGAUAUAACCACAUUGUCGCCAUUGAAAUUAUUUGCUGGUAUUGAAUUUGGCAUAUUGGAUUUGAGAGAUAAUAAGAUUGAAUCAUAUAUACGCCUAAAUCGAGAUUUAGAACCAAUAAAAGCUAAUGAAAUCAAAUUAAUGGGAAAUCCAAUAACACAAUCACCAAAUUAUCCCGAAUGUUUACGGCCUAUUUUGAAGAAUUUUAAAAUGUUGGAUGGUAUUCCCACAGAAAAUCUUUCUAAAGAUUACCGACCCACCGAUACAAAUGUACAUGGAGCAGCAGAUGGUUAUCGCAUCGAUUGGUCUAAUAAACUGGAUAUUAAUCAAUUUGAAAAUAGCUCGGAUUGGCAUGCAAUAAUGAUACCUGAUCCUGAACAAUGUUAUUCUCAAGAGGAAAUAAUGGAUUAUUUCUUUUUAACUGUUUCGACAAAGUUAAGCGAUAUAUAUCCAUGUUAUUAUAAGUAUACAGCGGGAGAACAUCAAUUUCUUGUGCGGCAAUGUUUUGAUCAAAUUAAAUAUUUGGUAGAAAAUUGUAAUCUUGAAAUAAAAAUUCCACGAUUUGUGGCACCACCACCACCCACACAAUCUACAACAGAUUUCACGCCACAAUUGGUUAUGGACACAACAAUCGCCUAUUACCUACGCAUGAAUAUAAGUCCAUUUCGUAAGGGACAAAUCGAACCAAUGGAAUGCAUUGAAAAGGCUCUGGAUCGACGUUUUAGUGCCAUGGAUAGUAUGUUAAAUUUAAAUAAUUUUCAAAGCACAGAAGGCCUGGAAAACAUUGUGAUAAAUUUAAGCUCAACGAAAAUAUUGUCGCGUGUUUUAAUGCAAGCGUCGCGUAAAUUCCUAUCCACUUGUCAGGAACUACGUUUAGCUCAUAAUAAAAUAGUCAAUGUAAAUUUUCCCAAAAUCCUGGCACUGAUGAGUAAUUUAAAGGCCUUGGAUUUGGGUAACAAUUGGAUACAUUCCUUGGAUGAUAUCAAAGGACUGGCGGUAUUGGGUAUAACCUCAUUGCGUUUGGAUGGUAAUCCUUUGUGCAAUGAAUAUUCCUUUGCUGGCGAAUACAUCAAGGCCAUCAAGAGACAUUUUACUGAUCUAACAAAGUUGGAUGGCAUUGGCAUAACCAGUAAAGACAAUUUAACAUCUCCCAAAAAUUUCCUAUGUGAUGUAGCUGGUUAUGAUUUUGUUGAGGAAUUUGUAACACGUUAUUUUAAUACAUUUGAAAGUGAUCGGGAGGAACUUAAAGAUUUAUAUCAUAGAAAAUCGAUAUUAUCUUUGUCAUGCAAUUUCAAUGUACCAAAAGCAACACCACAAACAUUAAAACGUAUUUCAAAAUAUACACAAUUUUCGCGUAACGUUUUGAAUGUCGAUAACGCUCAAGAAAUGUUAGCAACAACAUAUAUCGGAUCAAGGGAAAUAAUGCAGGUUUUUAUGAAUUUACCAUUGGUUACAUAUGAUAUGUUAAGUUUUUGUACGGACUGUACGAUAUUUGAUGAAAAUAGGGUUGUAAUAACGGUCAAUGGUGUAUUUUUGGAUCAAGCUCCUAGCAUUGUGGAGACAGAUAUAUUAAUGGCAUUUUCAAGGACAUUUGUGCUAAAGCCAAUUAAACGCAAAACGGGAUCUCUAAGGUGUGCCACCCUAUAUAGGAUUGUCAACGACCAGUAUAGUAUAACAAAUCCAACAGCUACACAAACCAAAAGAGCAUUUAAAUAUUUUAAAAAUAUUCAAUCUGCCAAAAAAGAUGAAAUAACUGUGGCCGAUAAGGAGGCACUUUUGGUAAUGUUCCAGGAAACGACUGCUCUAAAAUCCAUAUGGUGUACAAGAUGCCUGGAAGAAGCUGAUUGGAACUUUACGAAAGCCUUGGAAAUAUUUGUUCAGCUAUGUGAAAAGAAGGAAAUACCCGAUGCUGCAUUUAAGUAAAUCUACA